UUUCCCUUUUAUAAUGAUAAAACCUUAAUGGGUUAGGGAUGAAAUCUGCAGUUUGGGUUAAACUGGGAUUCUUAGUUUGUACCUACAUUACAGUAGAAAGAGGGUGGGUAGAAUUAUAAUAAGGUCUCCUCUUUCUUCUCCAGAACUCUGGUCCUCUUUCCCUUCUUUGUGGGAAAAGAAAUGAUUAAGCCUAUAAUCAAGACCUUGAAACACAUGACAACAGAAACCUACUAAAGAUGUCUGUUCCAAACCAGCACCAUUCAACUAUUGUUAAUCCUCUGCCACCAGAAUACAUAAAUCCUAAAAACAAUGGUUGUCUAACAAAUCAACUUCAAUAUCUGCAGAAGGUGGUCAUGAAAGCUGUCUGGAGGCACAGCUUUUCCUGGCCAUUUCACCAGCCUGUCGAUGCUGUUGCACUAAACCUUCCGGAUUACUAUAAUAUCAUCAAGAAACCCAUGGACUUGAGCACAAUUAAGAAGCGUUUGGAACACAAUUAUUACACACAAGCUACAGACUGCAUUGAAGACUUCAAAACAAUGUUCACAAACUGCUAUGUGUAUAACAAGCCAGGUGAUGACAUUGUGUUCAUGGCCCAAUCAUUAGAAAAAGUAUUCUUGCAGAAAUUGGCGCACAUGCCACCAGAAGAGAAAGUGGUGAUUGCCAAUAAAGGGAAGAGAAAAGGAAAGAAACCAGAAGGACCUCAGCAGACUGAUCCAAGGGCUUCUGAGGCUAAGCAAAGUCUUCCACAGAAACCACUUGACUGCUCAAGACAUUCUCAAGUUAUAACUCCAGUGUCACAGAAGGGUAUAUCAGCAUCUUUGUCUACAGCUCAUUUGAGUACUUUAAUGCCAGCCACAGUCCCUAUAACAAAAGUUAAAAAAGGUGUGAAAAGGAAGGCUGAUACUACAACUCCUACUGCAUUAUUUACAGCAAGCAGUGAAUUUUCUCCUGUACUUAAUGAACCAAAAGUUGCUAAACCAUGUAGAGGAGAGAAUGACUGUAGUCUACCAGAGAAGUUUCCAAAGCGAGAUGUGCCAGAUUCUCAACAGUCUCCUGAGGUGGUCAAAAAAGUUCAACUUUCAGAACAACUGAAACAUUGCAAUGAGAUCCUUAAAGAAAUGUUUUUGAAGAAACAUGCAGCAUAUGCUUGGCCUUUUUAUAAGUCUGCAGAUAUUGCAGCCUUGGGACUUGAUAUAAUUAAAUGCCCUAUGGACCUUGGUAUUAUUAAGAAAAAAAUGGAUAACUAUGAAUAUAAAGAUACACAAGAAUUUGCUGCAGAUGUUCGGUUAAUGUUUAUGAACUGCUACAAAUAUAAUUCUCCAGACCAUGAAGUGGUUGCUCUGGCAAGAAAACUCCAGGAUAUUUUUGAGAGACAGUUUGCUAAAAUUCCAGAUGAACCUGUUGCAAAGCUACCUCUGUCACACUCCACAACUAAACUAGUAAAAGCUUUUUCUACUGAAAGCAGCAGUGAAGACUCCUCUGAAAAAAAGUCCUCUUCUGAAGACUCAGAAGAUGAAAGAGUACAGCGCCUUGCAAAGCUUCAGGAGCAACUUAAAGUUCUUCAACAGCAGUUGCGGGCUUUGACCAAAACAUCUUUCCCCAAACCCAGGAAGAGAAAAGGAAUGGCUAAGAAAGAAAAGAGAGGAAGCAAGGAAAAAUCUAAAAUGAAAAAUGUGACUCAGAAAAAAAAGAAGAUAAAGUACACAAAAAAACUGAAGAAAAAAUUGGCGUUAAACCUUCAAUCAAAGAAAACCAAGCAGCAAGUUUUAUUGGCACAUAAGUCAGAAGAUGAGGAUAGUGCCAAGCCUAUGAAUUAUGAUGAAAAAAGACAGUUAAGUCUGGACAUAAAUAAACUCCCUGGAGAUAAACUUGGAAGAGUAGUGCAUAUAAUACAGUCAAGAGAGCCUUCACUGAGAAACUCUAACCCUGAUGAGAUAGAAAUAGACUUUGAAACUUUAAAAGCAUCAACACUUAGAGAACUAGAGAAAUAUGUGGUGGCUUGCUUAAGGAAAAAAACAAGAAAACAACAUGCUAAGAAGCCAGUAAAGUCAAAAGAAGAACUUAAUUUUGAGAAAAAAAGAGAGUUAGAAAAGAGACUUUUGGAUGUCAAUGGGCAACUAAACCCCAAGAAGCAAAACGCCAAACCUGAAAACAACACUCUGCCAAACAUUAUGGGUGGCCCAAGCCGACUAAGCGAGAGCAGCAGCUCCUCUGACUCUGGCAGCAGCAGUGAUUCUAGCUCCUCGUCAGAUAGCAGUGACUCUGAGUCAGAAAUAUGCUCAAAGCAGAACAGCUCAAGUCAAAAUGGCUUAACUUCUAACAAGCAAAUGAAGCAAGUGCCGCUUUCUCUACAGAGGAUGUCCCACAAUGCUGUUCCUCAAGUGCAGAACCCAUUUUCUUUUGCUAGUAGCUUACAAAACCAAAAAUCCUCAGAGAGACUGCCUUCUCCCAAAGUACCACAGCAGCUGCAACCUUGGCCUCUACGAUACAGUCCAUUUAAACCACUAGAACAAACCCAGUCUCCUUCAGGUAUAAUCAAAGCUAUAUCUCCCUUGCACCCUGCUCCAUUCCAGCCAGUUCCUCAGAAUAAUCUAAAACCUCACCAGUCUCUUGUCCUCCAACCUAUUUGCAUUGUUCCACAGGCAUCUAAUUCUUCCCAGAAUAUUCCAGGGGAUGAUGUCAAAGUAGAAACAGAAAAAGCAUCGCCACUUCAUCCAGAAAAAUCAAAUGCUCUUCAAAACAAGAUCUCUGAAGGAACAGUUGAAUCUAAAUCCAUAAAUCAAGAACAAAGUCAUUCUGAUGACACUGAUAAAAACCCACUAGAGGCUAAAUCUCAAAUUUUUUCUGAGAAGGACUUAAAGCUCAAGAAUACAGAGUCCUGGAUAAGCUUAUGUAAGAAGAUGGCACUUCCAGCUCCCAUAAAAGCUUCAACUGAAAGCUUCAAACAAUUCAGGAAAGUGGCACUAGAAAAGGAAAAGAGUGAGCGAGUGCAGGAAUUGAGGAAACCAGUAGAAGGUGAGGGGCAGUGGAAUCCUCUUCCUCAAGAAAGGAACCAAGAAGGAAUGGAACUGGAACCAGUGGCAAUAAAAGCCCAGGAGCCCCAGAAAGAGGACCCAAUAAAAGAACAGCAACAAUCAUUGAGGGCACAACAAAAUUUGCAACAAGGUCUUGUCAAAGACCGUGACUUGGCUAGAAAAAUGGAACAAGAACGCAGGAGAAAGGAAGCAAUGACUGGUACCAUUGAUAUGAAUAUGCAGAGUGUUAUAAUGGCAACUUUUGAAGAAAAUCUUGAGUGACAUCUUUGACCCUGAAAAUGGCUGCAACCUGGCUACAGCUUAAGUGAUACUAUUCAAUAUUGUUUGUACAAUAAAAUUCAUAAGUGCUGAAUGCCUGUGUGCUAUUUAAAUACCCCUAAUUGUCAAUGCAUAAUUUGAUAUCUCCCUCCCUUGUGUUUAUCUGUAAAAUCUACUUGUUGCUAGCUAGUUAAGGACAGUCAUUUUUUACUAGGCUUUUUUUUUUUUUUUUUUAAGUGACAUGUUUAUACAGAGACUUUUUGGAACAACUGUCUCCCUGUUUUGAAUUUAAAAUGUUAUGUUUAAAUGUCUUUCAAAAUUGUUUUAAUAUAUUGUUUGCAGCUGAUUUUCAAUCUUGUUUUCACCAGCCACUUUUCUGGUAAUGGUAAACUCUACAUACCACCAAGUAUAAGUGCAUACUUUACAAAAACUUCUCCAAACCAUAGUUUUGUGCCUUCCAGUAGCAAAUAUCACUGUUAUUGGCCCACAGAAAUAUGCUAUUAAAUAUUGAUUGUACCAAAAGACUAUGUAAUAAUAUAAAAUCUGUAGGGAAGUUGUAUUUAGAAACUACAAUAUGUGGAAACUUCCCUGUUGUCUGUACUAGAUCUCCAUUUCUCACUUGCUAUAUCCUGUAUGCUUACAAUUUUUUAAUUGAGGUAUAGGCAUGAUGAUAUUUUUGUUAAUACAGUAGCUAUUUUUAUGUUAUAUGCAGGUGAGAACAAGCAUGGAAGAGUGCUUAAUAACUCAAUCUUUUCUUUCCUAAGAUUCAUUAACACUAAAUUAUUUCUGGCUAGAGUUUAAAAAGAAUAUCUGAAAUUGCUGAAGCCCUUAAAGUAGAAACUCAAACAAAUGACUUAGACUUCCUGUUGACUGUGUUUUACAGGUUUCCACAAUAAUAAAACAUAUUUUUUGUUAUGGUAGGAAUACCAAAAAAAUAUGUAUAGUCCUAAUGCAUCCUGUUUUGAGUUCUGUGCUAUUACACAGUACCACUUUGAAGUUGGUUAAAGUCAAGAACAUAUUACUACAUCAUUCUUAACCAGCAUAUUGUGUGGGGUUUUUUUUUCAAAUUGCCACUUCAGUGUAAAAUUUACUUCUCAAAUACUCUAUUGAGGGUGCUACAUAAGCUUAUAGUUAAAGAAUAAAUCUCCCUAAAGAACAAAUUUCUAGUCUGAAACUUUUACUAAACAUUCAUAGACAGUGUUGGCAAUGCCAAGAAUUUAAGGGCAGACAAAAGUGCAGUUUCUCACUACAGCUGAGAACACUUAGCAAGAAGUGUCCUGAGUUGUAAAGAUCCCUUGAACCAAACAAGUUUACAGUUGGUUCUUAAGGGGAGGGGAAACUAGCAGCUAGCUGGGAGCCUGCAG